AUGGAAACUGAUGAGGCAUAUGUAGGCUUUGAUCUCUGUACGACACCGCUGUCCAGUCUUGCUCAGAAGAUUAUGUCUGCUAUGCAUGCAGUUGAGUUAGUGGAUUCUGAGAAUUUGAGAGAGAGUGGAAAGACUGCAGAAGUCACAAGCAAAUCCAGUGUUAAGUCUCCAGUAUUACUUGAAGAUGUGAAGACUCAGUCACUGUGGGAAAAGGAUCUUACUUCUUCAACAAACCAAGUGUCAAGAACUUGUCUCAAGCUCCCCCCUCAGCUGACCACCAUCAGACUCACAGAUGAGCUGUCUCCUGACCCAGUCCAGAAGAGUGUCAACUCACUAGCUCUUUUCCAUUGUCCAGUCCCACAAUGUCAUCAGGAGGCUUCAGUUCUACAGAAAAGGGAGUGUAAAAGAAAGCGUUUCCUAAAAGAAAAUAUCAGUGAAAAUGACAAUAAGAAAAGCAUGAAUCUUAAGAAAACACAUAUAACAUCUAAUAAUCCAUCAGAGAAAACAAGUAAACAUACAGCAUUGGAAGAUGAGAAGGAGGUUGAAGCCUACCUAAAUUCUGGGAAUUUAAGUGCAUUUAAAAACCACUUUUAUGAUAUUAAGUAUUUGGAAGAUUUGGAGAAAAGUCAGCUGAUAGAAAUGCUCAAACAGGCAGCAGCUUUGGUGGUAACAUUGAUGUAUAAGGACGGUUCGACCCAACUAAGAACUGAACAGGCUACAGUUUCUUCUGUUAAAGGAAUUGUAAUAUUUCUGAAGAACCACAUGGAAGAAGACAGUGGUUCUCUGGAUGCCUCAGCCUCUGAUGGUGUUCGUGGGGAGCCCAUUUCAGAUGAUAAGUAUAUUUACAUAAAGAUAGAACAUUCUUCUAUUUGGGACCAGGAACAAGAGAUACAUAUUCAAUUUGCCAGGAAAGUACUAUUUCAAACCCUGAAAUGUAAAUGUCCUGUUAUAUGCUUUAAUGCGAAAGAUUUUGUGAGAGCUGUGCUUCAGUUUUUUGGUGAUGACGGCAGCUGGAAGCAUGUUGCUGAUUUUGUAGGGUUGGAUCCCAGGAUUGCUGCAUGGCUUAUAGAUCCCAGGGAUGCUGUGCCUUCCUUUGAAGAUUUAGUGGUGAAAUACUUGGAAAAACCCAUCACAGUGAGAGUAAACAGCACAUACGGAAAUUCAUCAAGAAAUAUUGUGAAUCAGAACGUAUGUGUCAACCUGAGGAUACUCUACAGACUUACGAUGGACCUUUGCUCUAAACUGAAGGUUUAUGGAUUAUGGCAGCUAUUUUGUAUGCUGGAGCUUCCUUUGAUACCGAUUUUGGCAGUGAUGGAAAGCCAGAGCAUUCAGAUAAACAAGGAAGAAAUGGAGCGAACUUCAGCUCUGCUUGGGUCCCGUCUCAAGGAGCUGGAACAAGAAGCCCAUUUUGUUGCAGGAGAACGGUUUCUUAUAACAAGUAACAAUCAGCUCCGAGAGAUUCUCUUUGACAAAUUAAAGCUGCACCAACAGAAGACUCUGCCUAAAACAGCGCUGCAGAAACAGCCGUCCACCUCUGAGGCCGUGUUGAACCUUCUGCAAGACCUUCACCCAUUACCCAAGAUAAUUUUGGAAUAUAGGCAGGUUCACAAACUCAAGUCAACCUUUGUAGAUGGACUGCUGGCGUGCCUGAAGAAGGGCUUCAUUUCGUCUACGUGGAACCAGACUGGAACUGUGACUGGAAGACUUUCCUCCAAGCACCCCAAUAUCCAAGGUAUCUCCAAGCAUCCCAUUCAAAUUACUAAACCUCAGAAUUUUAAAGGGAAAGAAGAUGAGACCCUCACCAUCUCCCCCAGGACCAUGUUUGUUUCAUCCAAAGGCCACACCUUCCUGGCAGCAGACUUUUCACAGAUUGAAUUGCGCAUUCUUGCACACUUAUCUGGUGACCCAGAACUUCUGAAGUUGUUCCAGGAUUCUGAGAGGGAUGAUGUCUUUUCUGCCCUGACCUCACAAUGGAAAGACAUUCCCAUGGAGCACGUGAACUGCAUGGACAGAGAGCAGACCAAGAAGGUGGUGUACUCGGUGGUCUACGGAGCAGGGAAGGAGCGACUCGCUGCUUGCCUUGGAGUGACUGUUCAUGAAGCUGCCCAGUUUUUGGAGAGUUUUUUGCAGAAAUACAAAAAAAUCAAGGACUUUGCCCAAGCAACUAUUACCCAGUGUCACCAGACAGGGUUCGUGGCGUCCAUCAUGGGCAGAAGGAGACCCCUGCCAAGCAUCCAUUCACAGGACCAGCAGCUGCGGGCACAAGCAGAGCGGCAGGCAGUGAACUUCAUUGUUCAAGGCUCCGCUGCCGACCUCUGCAAGCUGGCCAUGGUCCACAUCUUCGCUGCAGUGGCCACUUCGCCCACCCUGACGGCCAGGCUGGUUGCCCAAAUCCAUGACGAGCUCCUGUUUGAGGUGGAAGACCUACAGGUCCCCGAGUUUGCAGCUCUCGUGAGAGCCACCAUGGAGUCUUUGCAGCAUGUCCAGGCCCUGGAGCUGCAGCUAAAGGUGCCCCUGAGGGUGACUCUGAGCGCCGGCCGCACAUGGGGCUGCCUGACCCCGCUGUAGGAGGCCCUGGGCCCAGCCCCAUGGCUCCCCCGGAACAACACACCAAGUCUCCAAGCAACACCCAGGCCACUGCUGCCAGGGAACUGCUUCAUGCGGCUCCAAGUUCAAGUUAACCCCUACAAGGUGGCCUGGUCACCCAAGUAA